AUGUCUAGGGUUUCGGACUUACGAUUGGUAUUGCUCCUAGGGGCUUAUGGCCUGCGCUUGUUUGUUUUUGUCCACUCAGAUAUACAGCUGUUGAGUGCCUUCGAAGCACAGACAACCCAGACGCAUCUUGGGGCCCUGCAGGACCCUGCUGGCUAUUGCAGCUCAGAUGAGACUGCCUCCACGCAUUUCUGUUUAACAUUAAGGGAAUAUGCUGCUGCAGUCCUCGCCGCAGAGCAACUGGACGGGGCCAAGUGCAGCUACAUGACUCUACAGCAACGAAAAGCAGAGGAAAAAGAAAUGAAGAAGGCAAAAAAGAAAGGGAAGAAGCAGAAAAACGAAAAGACAGAGCCUGAAAGCAAAGCAAAACCCAGGAGGAAGAAGUUCCCUGCAGGUUUGAUAUCUGCUGCAGCAGCACGACAUGGAGAAGCGAGCGGUGGAACAAACUCAGCAGCAGCAGCAUCACCGAGCUUGCUGCAGCUGCCGUCCCUGAGCGACCAAGCAGCUCAUCAAGAGGGCCUAGCUAAGCAAUAUGCAGAGCAAGUGCAAAUGGCGAGACAAAACGCUCAAGAGACAGAAGAGGGAUCAGCCGCCACCCAAGCAGCCAUGAAGAUCUUUGAUGCACUGCUGCUGACGGGUAUGGCGAAGGAGCUGCUGAGUGGGAUAAUGGCAGCAGCAGCUGCUGCUCCUGACGGGGUCUCUGUCGAGCUAGACCCCGGGGAGUUGGAGGGGUCUUUACGUUCUGUGUUAGUGCAGGGAAGUUCAUAUGCACAGCCUCUGUCUGUCUUUUGUGUUGCUAUAAUUGAGAAGGCGGUAAGCAGCUUAAAUACAAAAACAAAGACAGCAGCAGACGCAAAGACAGAAGCUCUCCUUGCCCUUAAUGAUCUUCAUACAACAGUUACUACAGCAGCAAAAACAAAAGCAGAAUUCACUGCAGUACAUCUGCGUGCAACUUCAGCAGCAAUCAAUCAAAUGGUAUAUAAAGCAGCAGCAGCUGCACCUCCUGCUGCACUCCCAGAAAACAUGGCGCAGCAAGUCAUCGAACUUGUACUUUCUAUCAUUGAUGACCCAAGCAAAGUAACAGUUGUUCGUUACACUAGGUCAUCUCAACCCCAGAGAUCGGAAGGGGCUGUGGGGGCCCAGCUGUCCCUGGGAACCCGCGAGCAGCCAAUUGCUAUCCCUGCUGCACCACACGUCGAUCUCAGCAGCAAAACGCCGGUGGUGGUCCCUCCGCUGCCCUCGGUCAUUGUGCCCCAAGGAUCCACCGAAGUCUCCCUUUCAAAAGAAGGAGCGGCUGCUGCUGCUGCUGCAGCCGCUACAGGUGCUGCUAGGAGCAGCCAGGGAGGCGGUGGGGAGGGGGCUGCUGCAUACGAAGCAGCAGGCAGCAGCGGAGGCAUGGCUGCUGGCGUGUCUCCUGCGGGGGGGCCUGUGGUGUCUCCGUACCUUGCGGGGACUGCUGCCCCUUCUAGAGGAGCGACAAUCUACCCCCACAUCUCUGGAGUCCCCAGCAGCAGUUCUCAUAUUAGCGGCAGCAGCAGCGGCACCAGCGGCAGUAUGCACAGUCCGCAAGGGCCCCCAACAGCGGUGCAUCUGAUGCGCUUCGGAGAGGAUCCACGGGCCGCAGGGGGGGGCCAAAGUGGGCCCUAUGGGGAGCCCCAAGGGGGGCCCCAGGGUUCUGUUGCAAUCUCUGGGGGACCCUUUGCUACCUCUCAUGGCAUUAAUAGCGAAUUCACUGGACAGGGGGGCCCCCAACUCCCCCCGUCCCGCGGCGUUCAAGUCGUGCACGUGGGCCCUGGGGGCCCCUCCCCUCCAGACACCUUAGGAGGGAGGGCCCCUCAACAAGGUGUAGGCACGCUCUACGGAGCAGCAGCAAUGGGAGCAACAGCAGCAGGAAUGGGUGCAGGGGCUGCAACCGCAGUUCACCGCGUGCGUUUUGCAGAUGGGUCAGGGCAGCAACUGCAGCAACAGCAACAACAGCAGCAGCAGCAGCAACAGCUACUAACAACUCCUUCUGGGGGCCAAACAACCUCAACCAGCUUUAGCUCCCCGCUUCUGUCUCCAGAAGGAGAUCCCACUGGCAUCCAUGUCUACCGGACUUCUGUACCUGCGGGCCCUCAGGAAGCCCCAGGCCUGCAGGUUUCCUGGGGCCCCGGGGGAGCCCAGGGGCCCCUUCGUGGGCAGGAGGGCGGCGCUGUUUGGGGUUUAGAGAGCGGCAUGCGGGGGCGGGGCCAGGGAGAUGGAGAGGUCCGAGUAAGGAGCUGGUCUGAGCCCGGGUUGGGGACAAUCGAUGCUGCACAGCUCUCUGUUCCGGGCUUCACUGCCAGCGCCGUACCUCUUAGCAGUCUGCCCUUCUUUGCAACGCUAGGCAACAGCCCCAGAAUCGGCCCCAGGUUCCACGGGGCACAGGCGGAUUAUGCGUUGGGUAACUUGGGUACUCGCGACGACAUCUGCGUGACAGAGGCAAUGCUGUUGCCGUGGGGAGCCCGCACCAGCAGCUCGGGGCCACAAGGGGGACCCCAAGGCGGCUUCGUUGACGGGCCCCCCCAGUCUCUGGGAGCCCUCGCUGCCUCAGCUGUGGAGCGAUGGGCCCUCCGCAAAGUCCACGAAGCAACGCAACACUCUGUGACCCUCUUUCGUGACAGCAGCAGUAUCAAGACCCAUGUUGAUAAUAUCUUACGGAGACACCUGGCACAGCUGCAGCAGGUAGCUUCUCCUGCUCCUUCUUUUAAUUCUCUUACUAGCAGCGGCUGCAAGUCUUUUUCUGAUGACGCGAGAAGGGCAUUCUUUGAACACUUCUCCUCACAUCGGGUCUUUGAAUUUGUCAAGAACAACCCAACAGCAAACGCCAGACUCACGAUACGCGCGCAACAACUGCAGGCACACGGUGCUGCUGCUUACGGGUUCCUCGAUGCCUGUGGCAAGGACUGCUACAGCAAGACAGACACAAGAAGGGGGGACGUGAUAGCGAGCGCUGUCUUCUCCCUCGACUCAACUCUGACAAAGCUGAACAGCAUCGCCUACCGGUCCCUCUCUUUGGGCGUUUCCUUCUUUGGCGGCCUCAGCACAUCUGUCCCUGCACCUCCCGAGGCAGAGAAGCAGCGGCUACGAGGAGCAGCAGAGAAGUUGUUGAGUGUAUGGGGGGAGGAGACAGGCGGCAGAUUGAAGAAGAGGGACAAAAAAGGAUAUCCUAUAGAUGGGGAUCUCCUUAGGACAAUCGAAGACUAUAGCUGGGGGCUGGAGCGUUAUGUCGGCCUCUUGCUGCAGUCUCCUCAGACAAAGCAUUUAUUUAACCUUUCUGCUCACACGUGGGUGCAACUGCGGGGUAUUUAUAAUGCAGCUGAAGGAUUUAAACCCGAUAAAGGCAGUAAAGUGUCUCCAAGGAACAAACAGCUCGCUGCCGUCUUCAGCAAACUAUGGUUCGAUUCAGAUGCUGCGCUGCUGCAGCAGCAAAGGGAACAGCAGCAAGGACAAACCCAAGUUAUUAGACCAUUUGCUGCUAUGCUUGCGUCGAUUGCUCUUCAAGUUGCGAAAGGUUUGACAGAAGUAGCUGCGGAUUUGAUAAAGAGCGGCUGCACAGACGUGAAGACGAUUGAUAUGGGUGUGGUGACAGCAACGGUGGAGGUAUCAGGCAAACGGCAGACAGCAGGCAGUACCAUACUGAAGCAGAAGAAAAUAUCUGUGAAGCCUUCGAAUUUAAUUUAUAAUUUAAAUAAACUUCUCGCUAUUUAUGAUGAUCCCCUCGAUGUCCUUAGAGUGGCGCAAGACCUCGCCUCCCGCUGCAAGGCACCGCACACGCAGCAGCGCCCACAAAAGAGAUUCAAUCUAAAGAGCUCGAAGUCGGCCAAUCUGGAUGACGAUAGAACGGUGCAGAUGCUGAGCUCAAAGUUCGUGCUGGACUUGUGGUGUCUGCAGUACAAAAACUUUACAAUGAAGAAUAUGACGGGGGUGCCUCGCGGAUCUAACGGUAGCAAACUGUCGCUAAUGUUGGAGGCUGAGUUGGACAAGACAGCCGAAAUAGUGAUAAGACCUUCAGGUGUCCCCUCUUCUUCUUCUUCUUGGGUCUUAAACCUCAAGUGUCCCUUCAUGAGAGACUUUAUAGAUGUGAAUAUCAAACAGGCAACCAGAAGGGCAAUGCUGCAAUAUGCAAUAUCGCGUCUGAGCUUGGGCCGUCGUUUGUUGCGUAAGAUGCGUGCAAUUGGCAAUUUCUUUGGGAAGAAGUUCUCCUUUAAGAGGAAGAGAAGUCCUGGAUCUGUUGCUAAUAAGGAGUUUGCUGUUAUUCAUGUGGGGACAUCUACAUGGGAUAAAGAGAGACAGAGAUUUGAACAUACACUCGUAUUCAAGCCAGAGGCAAUGAGCUGCGGCACUCGGCUAACUGGGCCUCGAACGCCGGUGGAUUUCAGGGACGGGGAUUUCGUUAUUGGCUCGACAGACCUAGCAGCAGACGAAGCUGCAGUGUUGUGCGUCAACAAGGGAAAUUUGCAGUGCUGGAUUACCCCUCGCGCUCUGAUGUUUAAAGGAUCAACCGAAGCGCCAGUGCAACACACAGAGACCCCAGCAGGCCUGUGGUAUGCGCGUCUGAGUUCAACUAAUCCUUAG